UAGAGGUUAUCCCGGUUCGAGGAAUCUGCCUUCUGAUCACACCAUUUUCUGUCAAAUUUGCAAUCUUUUUUCUAUUUUUUUCCCUCUAUAUAUACUCAUUUCAAGAAGACAAGAACCCUACACAGCCACACAAUCUAAUCUAAAUUCAAAACCCUGAUUAUAAAGAUUCUGGCUUUCUUAUUUUUUAUUUAUAAAUUUCUUUCCUUUUUUACUCAUACCUAAAUUUUAGCAUCUGGGUUGUUUUAUUUUCUUUUUUUGGUCUGAUAUUGAUUCUUGAUUUGAUUUUGUAUUAACAAAAGAUUGAAUCUUUUUGCUUGAAUUACAAACCCAUUUCUUGAAUUAUUACCGUUAUUCAAGCAAUGGCUAUUCCUUACCCUCAUUUCAAUUUCAGCACCUCUGAAUCUAUGGAGACAGCUUUAUCUUCACCUCAAUCUCCUGUAAUUCUAACACAAGAUGAGCUCAAGAAAAUUGCUGCCUAUAAGGCAGUGGAGCAUGUUGAAUCCGGUAUGGUUAUUGGCCUUGGCACUGGCUCAACCGCCAAGCAUGCGGUGGCUCGAAUUGGUGAGCUUUUGCAUCAAGGGAAGCUUAAGAAUAUUGUAGGUAUACCCACUUCAAAAAUGACUCAUGAACAAGCUUUGUCAUUAGGGAUUCCUUUGUCAGAUAUUGAUACCUACCCUGUUCUUGAUCUUGCAAUUGAUGGUGCUGAUGAGGUUGACACUCAUCUCAAUUUGGUAAAGGGCAGAGGUGGGUCUUUGUUAAGGGAGAAAAUGAUUGAGGGUGCUUGCAAGAAGUUUAUUGUGAUUGUUGAUGAGUCUAAGUUGGUGAAAUAUAUUGGAGGUAGUGGGUUAGCUAUGCCUGUUGAAAUUGUGCCAUUUUGUUGGAAAUUCACUGCCAAGAGGCUGCAAGAUUUGUUUGGGUAUGCAGGUUGUGUGGCUAAGUUGAGGACUAAUGGCGGCGAGCCGUUUGUUACGGAUAAUGGGAAUUAUAUUGUGGAGAUGUUCUUCAAGAAAGAUAUUGGAGAUUUGAAUGUUGCAAGUGAUGCAAUUCUGAGGCUUGCUGGUGUUGUUGAACAUGGGAUGUUUCUUGAUAUGGCAACUACUGUCAUUGUUGCAGGAGAGCUUGGAGUUACCAUCAAGAAUAAGCAUAAGUAGUAUUUGGGUUGACAUUUUCUUGGUUAAACUAUUGGAAUAUUGUUAUUGGCUAUCAUUUUUAAUAGGGGAGUAGUUCUAGUAGCAUUAAUUGGUUAUUGAGGAGAGCCAUUUUGAUAGGAUAGAAGUCUCCUCCAUUUUUGGCAUUAAAUUUAUAGUGAGAGUUCAAAUCCACAAUAGCAAGGUAUUGGAUUAUGUGAACUUCUCAACUAUCAAAAUUAUGCUGCUCAGAUGGUAUGAUGAUUUAUAUAAUAUAAAACUUAAUUCAUUAUUACUUCA